AAGGUAUAGGGCUGGAGAGGUGACUCUGAUUAGGAGCACUAGGUGCCCUUCCAGAGGCCCCCGGUUCUGUUCCCAGCAGCUACAUGGUAGCUCACAACUGUCUGUAGCUCCAGUUCCAGGAGAUCUGACACCCUCAGACAUACACAGAUGCAGGUAGAGCACUAUGCCCAUAAAGUAGCUAAACAAAUCUUUAAAAAGACAUAAGAUGACAUUGAUUUUAAUUUGCAUUAGGAGAAACACACACACAUAUUGUGCUUGGAGAACAAGUUCAAUACAUACAAACGUUUUUCUUUUUUUGAUACAGGGUCUUGAUAUGUAGUUCCAGCUGUCCUUGCAUGCACUGUUAUAUAACACAGACCUUGAACUCACAGAGAUCUGCCUGCCUCUGCCUCCCAAGUGCUGGGAGUAAAGGUGUGGGCCACCAAGCCCAGCAUCCAAAUUUAUCAUAUAUUAGCAUGAUGGUUUAGAUGAAAAAAAAUGGAAAUCAGAAUAUUACAUGAAGGUUUUGGUGAGUAUUGCAGAAAAAUCAUGGAAAAAUAACCUUGUAUUUUUGAAAAAAGUAUUUAUUUCAACACACACACACACACACACACACACACAAUGUACAUGAGGGUAGGAAAGAAAUCUGGCUUAGGUUUGGUAAUAGAUUUGAUUCUUUGGUUCUUUCUCAAGUGUUUCUUCUGGACAGUUAGCAUUUAUAAUUUUUUAUUAGAAAGCUUUAGGGCUAUAUAAAAGUUUUAAAUUCUGGAGGAGUGGAAGAUUAGACUUCUGCAUAGGGAGUUAAAAUUUUACUCUUUCUGUACAGAUAGACAAUCUUAUAAUUAGGGAGGUCUAGGUCUCUCCUUGUCCACUUCCUCAUGUUUUCAGAAUGUGCUGGCUGGUUUUAUGUCAGCUUGACACAAGCUCGGGCCACUGGAGAGGAGGGAACCUCAAUUGGAGACAUGUCUCAUGUUGUGGUGACUGCCCCUCCCCCCAUCAAAUCAUUUUUGUUGCUACUUCCUGAAUUUUGUUACUGUUAUGAAUCGUAAUGUAAAUUUCUGAUAAGCAACACCUGAAGGGAUUGUGAUCCACAGGUGGAGAACAGCUGCUGUAUGGGGCAUUUUCUUUCUUUUUUUUUUUUUCUCUUUUCUUUUUUUUUCGGAGCUGGGGACCGAACCCAGGGCCUUGCGCUUGCUAGGCAAGCACUCUACCACUGAGCUAAAUCCCCAACCCCUGGGCAUUUUCUUACUUAGUGAUUGAUGUGGGCCUACCCCACCAUGGAUGGUGCCAUCCCUGGCUGGUGGUCUUGGGUUCCAUUAGAAAGCCGACAGCGGGGGCUGGAGAGAUGGCUCAGUGGUUAAGAGCACUGACUACUCUUUCAAAGGUCCUGAGUUCAAAUCCCAGCAACCACAUGGUGGCUCACAACCAACUGUAAUGGAAUCUGAUGCUCUCUUCUGGGGUGUGUCUGAAGACAGCUACAGUGUACUCAUAAAUAAUAAAUAAAUUAAUUAAAAAAAAAAAGCAAGCAGACAGCGCAAGCAAUGGAGCAAGCCAGUAAGCAGCACCCAUUCACUGCCAUGCAUCAGCUCCUGCUUCCAGGAUCCUGUGAGUUCCUGUCCUGACUUCCUUUAAUGAUGGACAGCAUGAGGAAGUGUAAGCCAAAUAAAUAAACCCUUCCCUCCCCAACUUGCUUUGGUCAUGGUGUUUCAUUACAGCAACAGAAACAGAGAAGGAGAAUUUUAUGUUUUUCCAAAGGACAUAGGCUUUAUAUCUUUAUAAAAUAUUCCAGGAAGGAGGAAAAAAAUAAAUUACCCAAUACUGUUUCUUUUUCUUGAGAAACAUAACAGCUUUGACAGCCCGUCCCAUUCCAAGGACAAGCUAAACAGAAUAAAGCAAGACUUCCCCCACAACUUUCCAAAGCACAGGUCAACUGUUUACACGAGUCUGUAUGAAAACGAAACAAAACAACAACCAGUGAAAAUCCAGCAGCUUGUUAAAGAAAGAGAGACUUGAGAAUGAGUCCUUUUCAAGUGGGGUGUGCUGGUGCACCGCAGACUUGGCAGCUUAAGGCAGGAGGAUUGCAGGUUCCAGGCCAGGCAGGGCUACAGAGUGAGACCCUGUCUCUAAAAACAUAAUAAACCUUUUUCAUAAGAAAAUGAACUAUUCGAGAUAAAUUGGAUUAACAGGUUUGUGUGCAAUUCUAAGACAAUAAAAAGCACCUGGGGAGGGGGAAACACAUGAAAGAUAACCAUAUUCAUUAUCGACAUGAACAUAUAAAUUAAUUAUAAUACAAGUAUCUAUAUGACAUUUAUGACAAAAUUAUGAGAAUGUGAGGAAAUCCCUCUCAUUCAUAAAUGUUAGGAAAGCAAUUUAGAAUAUCUAAUAAAGGUGUAUAUAUUCUAAAAUUAAAAAAUUAUAUACUCAGGUCUAUUUUGUAGUGAGGAUGUGUACAGCAUUGCCAUUACUUGACAGAUAAAGUAAGCAAGUCCUAGUGUCUUUCCGUAGUAAACGAAUUAAUUCAUGCACACCACUUAGAAUAGUGUAUGGGGUAUAAGUUAAGCAUCAUAUAACAUCAUAUAACACCUCAUCACCGUCGAUCAGUCGUAGGAGAGAUUCCACCAAUAUCAUCUAUACCGGGAAGCAAUGUAUUUGAGAUGCUCUAACACACAUGUUAUCUGGACAGGUUCAUUGAAAGGUUAACUAACUGCCAACAUUUGAUCAGUUUGGAGGCUCCUCUCCCUCCUGGCACUAGGGAGGAUCAUGUUUUCAGAAAGACGACGCGAUAUUUCAGUCAGGUAGAGAAAUAUUGGUGGGACCCGGGUUGGUGUUUGCCGGGUGCUACCAUUGGGUUUUGGUGAUUGUCUGUCGGGCUCCAGGUAUUCAGUCCUUUCUGGACCGUAGGUGUAGGGAAUGAGGAACGAAGGAACCAUAGUCACCAGGGAGGCCGGCUGGUGAGGCUCCUCUUAGAAAGCUGCCCGGGGCAGGAGGGCUGCAGCUACCGCGACCACAAACCAUCCCACCUAGCUGCUUAGGGGAUGUUGGAAAGUUAUUUGCCAAAGAGUGGGAGCAGGUGGCUCCCAGAGGCGAGCGCACUCCGGCACCUCGCCGAGGCGCUCGGGGCAGCUGACUGCGGGCAGGACGCACGCCUAGAACUCCAAGUGAGAACCUCAAGCCCCAGGAAUACUUAGCCAAAGCUUGCCCGUGGAUGAUCGCCUCGGUGCAGAGCCUGCAAGCCUUCCCGGGAGGAGGAGCUUUCAAGUCUAGAACGUCAGUGGUCUGGCCACGCUGGCUAAGAGAGGGGCGGGAACCUGCCCUAAAGGUUGAGAACUCGUGACCACCGAAGCUAAAUUCGUCUGGCGUGUGCUCGGUGUUUCAGGAGGAUUCCGGGAGCGAUCAGCGGACAACAGAAGUGAAGCAAAGAACCUUGAAGGGUCUGAGAUCUCCUCCAGCAAAACGCAUCCAAGGGCCUCAAAUCCAGUACUUUACUUGCCCACUACCCUCCGGCAAACUCGGUGCAAAAACCACAGCUUCCUGUUAAGGGUCUCGGGUGCAGCUUCCCGGCGGCCUCUAACACCCGGAGCGCGAGAAUCCAGCGCUCCCGGAGCGGCAGGCGCCGGCCCGCGCGGACUCAGUGCGCACGCGCAGGGGGUGGGCCGCCCGGCCGGCUGGAGCGGUGACGAGCCCGGAAGCGCCGGCGCGCGCCCCCUCCGCACCAGAACUAGUUUUGUUCGGUGUCCUCGGAACGCCAGCCACCCGGAGAGAACCCCGCAAGCUCCCGCCCGCACCCGCCCGCUGGCCGGCACCGCCGCAAUGUCUAGCAACAGUUUCGCCUACAACGAGCAGUCCGGAGGAGGGGAGGCGGCGGAGCUGGGGCAGGAGGCCACCUCGACCAUCUCUUCCUCGGGCGCCUUCGGCCUCUUCAGCAGCGAUUGGAAGAAGAAUGAAGACCUGAAGCAGAUGCUGGAGAGCAACAAAGAUUCUGCCAAACUGGAUGCUAUGAAGCGGAUUGUUGGGAUGAUUGCAAAGGGGAAAAAUGCCUCAGAACUCUUCCCUGCUGUUGUGAAGAAUGUGGCCAGUAAAAACAUCGAGAUCAAGAAGCUGGUGUAUGUUUACCUCGUCCGAUACGCUGAGGAACAGCAGGACUUGGCUCUCCUGUCCAUAAGCACUUUCCAGCGUGCUUUGAAGGACCCAAAUCAACUAAUCCGCGCAAGUGCCUUGAGAGUUUUGUCAAGUAUUAGAGUGCCGAUUAUCGUGCCUGUCAUGAUGCUGGCUAUCAAGGAGGCAUCAGCUGACCUGUCGCCCUAUGUUAGGAAGAAUGCAGCCCAUGCUAUCCAGAAGCUGUACAGUCUUGACCCUGAGCAGAAGGAGAUGCUGAUUGAGGUCAUCGAGAAACUCCUGAAGGAUAAGAGCACGCUGGUGGCUGGCAGUGUGGUGAUGGCUUUUGAAGAGGUGUGCCCAGAUCGAAUCGAUCUGAUCCACAGGAAUUACCGCAAGCUUUGUAACCUACUGGUUGAUGUUGAAGAGUGGGGGCAGGUGGUCAUAAUCCAUAUGCUAACACGAUACGCUCGGACCCAGUUCGUUAGUCCUUGGAGAGAGGAUGAUGGUGUAGAAGACAAUGAAAAGAAUUUCUAUGAUUCUGACGAUGAGGAGAAGAAGAGUGGCAAGAAGAAACCGUACAGCAUGGAUCCGGACCACAGACUCUUAAUCAGAAACACAAAGCCCUUACUUCAGAGCAGGAACGCAGCGGUGGUUAUGGCUGUCGCUCAGCUGUACUGGCACAUCUCACCCAGGUCGGAGGCUGGUGUCAUUUCUAAAUCGCUGGUGCGCCUACUUCGCAGCCAUAGGGAGGUGCAGUAUAUUGUAUUGCAAAAUAUCGCAACUAUGUCAAUUCAGAGAAAGGGUAUGUUUGAACCUUACCUGAAGAGCUUCUAUGUCCGGUCCACUGAUCCAACUAUGAUCAAGACUCUGAAGCUUGAAAUCUUGACAAACUUGGCAAAUGAAGCCAACAUAUCAACUCUUCUUCGAGAAUUUCAGACCUACGUGAGAAGCCAGGACAAACAGUUUGCAGCGGCCACUAUUCAGACCAUAGGCAGAUGUGCAACCAGCAUUGCCGAGGUCACUGACACAUGCCUCAAUGGCCUGGUCUGCCUGCUGUCCAACAGGGAUGAAAUAGUUGUUGCUGAAAGUGUGGUUGUUAUAAAGAAAUUGUUGCAAAUGCAGCCUGCACAGCAUGGUGAGAUUAUUAAGCACAUGGCGAAGCUGUUGGACAGCAUCACUGUCCCUGUGGCUCGAGCAAGCAUUCUUUGGCUGAUUGGAGAAAACUGUGAACGCGUUCCUAAAAUUGCUCCUGAUGUUUUGAGAAAAAUGGCUAAAAGUUUCACUAGUGAAGAUGAUCUGGUGAAACUGCAGAUUUUAAAUCUUGGAGCAAAAUUGUAUUUAACUAAUUCCAAACAGACAAAAUUGCUUACCCAGUACAUAUUAAAUCUCGGCAAGUAUGAUCAGAACUACGACAUCAGAGACCGCACAAGAUUUAUUAGGCAGCUUAUUGUUCCGAACGAGAAGAGUGGAGCUCUAAGUAAAUAUGCCAAAAAAAUCUUUCUAGCACAGAAGCCUGCACCACUGCUGGAGUCUCCCUUUAAAGACAGGGAUCAUUUCCAGCUUGGCACCUUAUCUCAUACUCUCAACGUUAAAGCGUCCGGGUACCUGGAAUUAUCUAAUUGGCCAGAGGUGGCGCCUGACCCAUCGGUUCGCAAUGUAGAAGUAAUAGAGUCAGCAAAAGAGUGGACCCCACUUGGAAAAACAAAGAAAGAAAAACCUGAGAAGAAAUUUUAUUCAGAAUCUGAGGAGGAGGAGGAGGAAGAAGAGGAAGAUGAAGAAGAUGAGGAGGAGGAUCCCUCUGAUAGCAGCAGUGACAGUGAGAGUGGGUCUGGACGUGAGAGUGGAGACUCAGGCAGCAGCAGCGAGGACAGCAGCGAGGACUCCUCCAGUGGACAAGACAGCGAGACCGGAAGCGAGGCAGAAGCAGAACACCAGAGGGUGGCCAAGACGAACUCCAAAACCAAGAGGAAAAGUGCCUCAGAAGACAGGGAGAAGAAAAAUGGAAAAUCUCAGGCCUCGGAGUCGUCCAGUGAGGAGUCCAGUUCCACAGAAGAAAGUUCUUCAGAGUCAGAGUCAGGCUCUGACAGUGAGCCUGCACCCAGAAAAACAGCUAAGGCAAAAGAAAGAAAACCCCAGCAAGAAAGACAUCCUCCCUCCAAAGAUGUUUUCCUUCUCGAUCUGGAUGACUUUAACCCAGUAUCCACCCCAGUUGCCCUUCCUACACCAGCCCUUUCUCCAAGCUUGAUAGCUGAUCUUGAAGGUCUAAACCUGUCAACUUCCUCAUCCAUCAUCAACAAGGACUCAGCCCUGCCACCUGAAGUGACCUUGAGACAGGUCAUCCUUUAUUCCCAGUGCCUGCCAGUUAACCACAGAAGCAUCACAGUCAACUCCUGGGAUCUAUUAAAGCGAGAAGCUAGCUGCUGGGGCAGGGAUCCUUUUAAAACCAACAACCCUUAGGCAAACAUGUCCAGGCUGAGAGCCCUUCACGCCAUUCAGUGUCUGUGGAAGUUGCUGAUGCCACCACUGAAUUCAGCACUGCAGGGGCAAGACUGCUGCCUCCGGAGCAGAGCUUUCUGCGGUCCGGUCAGUUGGUCGUUUGUGCCCCACCCUUCCUUCUCUAGACCUCAUGCUGCAAGGAAGCACAGCGGGAGGUUCAGAGACCUAGCUUCUUACUGAUGAGGGGUGUUUCCACAGAUGGCUUAAAGCAAUGCAGGCUCACUGGCUUUGAAUGCUAGUUUAUGUGUUUUGCCUGGAUGUAUGUGUCGCAUAUGUGCAGUGCCUGCGGGGCCGUCCGAGGGCAGUGGAGGCCAUGGAACUAGAGUUAGCAAUGAUGGCGAGCCACCACAUGGGUGCAAGAGACCGAACCCACGGCUCCUGCGGAAACCUCAGGUACUGGUAACUGCCGAGCCGUCUCUAGCCCCACAGACGUACUGUAUAGUCCUCGGACCUUCAGGGGCCCGAAAUGGGUCUCAUGGACCUAAACUAAAAAAUUAGCACGGCUCUGUUCUUGGAGAUGUAGGAAAGAUGGGGUCCGUAGCCCUUUCUGCUGUUCCACCUGCCAGAGACAGCUCCAAUUUCUUAGACGCCACUAAAGGCCACACACAGCAAUCCGUCCUCUUUGACAUCUGAGGUUCAGGUGCAGCCCUUGCUAUAGGGUCUCCUGUCCGAUCCAUCCACUCCUCUACCAGAUCCUCUCAAGUUUUUUGAAAAUUUCACAGCAAAUUAAUUUUCACCUCUUCCUAGUGCUGUUUUCUUGAUGUGUAAGAAACUAUUAACAUGUAACAGCAUCAGAAUUACAAUAGGCUUCUAGGAAAAAACACAUUACAUAACUAGCUCAUUUUUGCUUUUAAGGCCUCAGAGAAAUAAGUUAUUUAUGUUUUGGAAAAGGGCUAAAACAUGUAAAGAAAUUGUAUUAUUCAGGCUUAGCACAUUGUUAAUUACCUGGGGCAUAAGAAUAUGUAAAAUGAGGGGUUGGGGAUUUAGCUCAGUGGUAGAGCACUUGUCUAGCAAGCACAAGGCCCUGGGUUCAGUCCCCAGCUCCAGAAAAAAAAGAAAAGAAAAAAAAAGAAUAUGCAAAAAGUUACAUGAUACCUACAUUGAAUACUGAAGUCAAAAUGGAUGCCUGAGCUGUGGCAGGCCUGGCCUGCCCCUGGCCUGUGUGUUCUCGGUGGUAGUAGGUGUUUAACUUAGUGAGAUGUGAAAGGUUGGAUGCCAAGUAAGAGAUGGCUCACUGUGAUUGUAGCAAAUCAGAACUGAGUGAAUUCCUUGUGCAAGACUGGAUAAAAAGUGAAGGCGUCCAGUUCUAUGUCUGAAGUGUUCUGUGCUUGGGAGCUGUACUUUGAGUUUUCUUUUUAAACCUUCCUCAGAGUGUUAUUGAUCUAUUAAAUAUGGUUCUUUUUUUUUUUUUUUUUUUUUUCGGAGCUGGGGACUGAACCCAGGGCCUUGUGCUUGCUAGGCAAGCGCUCUACCACUGAGCUAAAUCCCCAACCCCUUAAAUAUGGUUCUUAAAAUGAAAUGAUUCUUCUCAGAGAAGACCCAGAGCAACAAGAAGUAUGAAAUUAUUUCAUAUCUUGCAUUCUUGGCUAAUACUGUUUCGUGUUGUUAUGUGAGAGGGUUCAUCGUGGCUGACCUGUCUCAGAGCCCACUGUCUGUCAGGCUUCAUGCUGCCUUCCCUCAUAACUGAGUCUGGUGCGUAGCCUGAGUGAACACUGCCUCCCAUCAGAGCGCGGCAGCUGGGCACUCAGAGCAGCAGAACAGGAGCUGAGAGUUGGGUUAGCCUUACACGGAUGGAGCACUAACUAGGGAGCAGUGGCAUGGGCUGCAUUCAUACCCUAGGAAUUCUUGGACUGGUUGGGUUGCCACUCUGCUCCUGUUUGUAAGGUAGCUUGUCCAGCAAGCUUUCAGAGGAGACAAUCAAAGAGCUCAGUGAUCAGAGGGUGGGCACCAUCCUGUGUAGACACAGAACUUUGCUCUUGAAGAGUUGGAUUUAUUUCUGGACACCAGCCUUCUUAAAAGCAGUGCAUCACCCCCAUCCACAGACACUGCUAUAUAGCCAGUAAUCUGUUGCUUGUCCAUUUUCAGCUCAUAGUACAAAAUAAAUGAAAGCCAAGGGCAUUACAAUUGGGAGGGGGGGAGGAUGUUAUUUAAAAGGCUCUUAAAUGAUGUCACUAUAUAUUCUUUUAACAGCAUCCUCUAAAAGCCUUUGAAAAAACAGUCCCUACCUCCCUUCAUUGCUAACAAAGAUGGUGCUCGGACUGCUCUUUAAAAGGCUGUUAAAUGGCGAUCCUAUAUAUUUUAACAUCAACAUCAUUUAGAAACCUUUUAGAGACAGUCUCUUCAGCCACUGCUGACUGAGAGGGAAAGGACAUGGGGGUAGGGAUUGCUUUUUUAAAGGCCUUCGGACGGCACUAUCAAUAAAUACAGCAAUAUUGUUAUAAAAGCCUUUUUCCAAUGAUGAUUCAGCUUUUUUGAUGUGUACUUUUAACCUCGUGACCCUUUGUCAUCUGACAGACUGCUGUUUCAACAUGACUGAAAACUCGGUUUACUAAUAAUCCCCAAAUGCCAUUUAUUGAACUUCUUUGCAGAGCUUAAAAAUCAAUUACACAUACGCCAUCUCACUCAGCCCUCAUAACAGCAGGGUGAGCCAGGCAGGAUGUGCAGAAUUAGUCCCCUUGUGUAGAGAAGAAAGGUGGAGAAGCCUAGGGGGUUGUGACGCUUGGCAUCGGUACUAAUACCCGAGCCCUAACUGCUGUCCUGCUCACCUUCACUCACUGUUUGUUCAUUCAUUCAUUUGUUUACUUAUUCAUGACAGGAACUCUCUGUGUAGUUGUGGGUGAUGUGGGAUUUUUAUGUAGAUCAGGCUAGCCUCAAACUCGCUGAGCUCUGUGUCUGCCUCUCUGGAGUGCUGGGUUAAAGGCGUGAGCCACUGCUGCAGCACACUCCUGUAAUGGCGGCACUCUGACUUGGUCUUCUAAAAAUGCCCAAAUAGGAAGGGUUAUUUUCCAAUUAGCAUAAGUGUAAAAUUCCACAACUGAAAUGAUGAAGGUGGACAUGCGCAGGUGCACUAGAUGGUAGCUAACACAGAGACCCACAGCUAGUCAGAGACCUGGGACAUGCAAGUCUUCUCCAUCAAGGCUCUCGGAUCUUCACAGAAGAUGGGGGAGAAAGAUUAUAAAAGCCACACGUGGUCAACGACUUUAAGGAAGCAGGAACACAGAUAGGGAACAUAGGAACUCUGAGGAGUAUGGCGUCAUGCUCAAGACUUGCACAAGCUCAAGGCAGGCAGAACGCCAGAGUGGAGAGUGGGAAGCGGAAACUAACCUGGUUGGGAAGCCGUCGACCUUAACAGCUGCUGGCUGAGGGAAAGCCUGUUUUAUUUAGUGGUGUGACUCCUGUAAGCUUCAUCUUCAGGGAUAGCUGGCCAGCAUAAACUGGCUGUAAUGGGGUUGGGGGGGGAUAGACUGAUGGGAAUAGAGUUGGGUAGAUGGGGUGUGGGAAGAGGCUGGGGAGGGACGAGUGCGAGCAAACGCACUGAGUGAACUUCUCAGGUAACUACGGACAGCAUUAACACAGGAAAAUAAAUUGAUAGAAAUCUGCACAGGGGUCAGGUCCUCAAAUGGCUUCAGACUUGGACUCCAAAGAACCUACGGCCCCCAUACUGUAAACCAAUUCUCUGUCUGUGAGAGACUUUAAAUGUUUUCCCACAAAUCAGUAAGAGUGUGUUCACGAUCAUAUGUAGGUGGUUGUCUCUGUUUCUGUCUUGGGAUCUGAGAACCCAUUUCCCAUCCUUGCUCAGUGUCAGGAAUUUCUCAGUAGCCUGUGGUACCUCAGCCUGGCACACAUAAUGUACAGGAACUCUUUACAUUCUGCCCGGUCACUGAGUAAGACAUCUUGGUGCGAUCUAUUGUUUCAAAUAAAUAUGCCUGUGUACGUGGGCUAAGUGUCUUCCCUAUCCCUUAGGCAUUAUCUAGAUGAGAUCCAUGUUCCUCGGUUCCUUUACUCCUUCAGACAUUACUUCAUAUUAAACAUUUCAGAUGUUGAUUAGCCUAAAUUUAAGACAACCCUGAAAGACAGGAAGAGGUCAUUGCCAGUGUCCUGUCAAGGUCAUUAGAAUUUGAGAAACUUUGUAGUGUCCAAGGGCAGUGUCCUGUCUUCAGAGUCCUUUCUUUUUUUAACUGAAAAUAAUUUGUUUUCAUUCCCCUCCCUCACUCCCUCAUCUCUUAGGCGUUCCCCACCCAUCCAACCCUACAUUUUGUUUCUCUUUCUUUAGAAAACAGACUGAGGGAUGGAGGGAGGGAGGAGGGAGAGAGGGAAGGAGGGAGGAAGGGAAGGAGAGAGAGAGAGAGAACACAGUAUGAGACAAAAACAAUCUACAAAGAUACUACUGAGUUUGUUUGUGUUGGGCAUGGGGCCUACCUUUAUGUGUGGUUGAUAUAACCCAUGAUACUGCAAUAGGGAAAACUAACUUUUCCUUUGCAAGCAGUUGUCAGUUGGAGGUAACUCCUUGGUUAGUGUAGUGACGGGAGCUCGUGUCUACUUCACUCUCUCAGUGCCUGGCUUUGAAGCUGUGCGGGCCCUGUGCCUGCUGCCAUCGUCUCUGAAUUCCUAUGUGCAUCAGUCUGUUGUGUCAGGAAGACACUGUUUUCUUGGUGUCCUCCAUGUCCUCUGGUUCUUACAGUCUCUCCGCCCCCUCUUCUGCAGAGAUCUCUGAGUUCUAGGGGAGGGAUUUGAUGGAGACAUCCCAUUUAGGAAUGAGUGUUCCAAGGUCUCUCAGGCUGUGCACAUUGCCCUGUGUGGGUCCCUGUGUUGGUUCUCAUCUGCUGGAGGAGGGAGUUGAAGCCCUGCUUUUGAGAGAAGCCUUUUGACCUGGACUUAUGAUACAGAUAGUAAUAGAAGGGAUUUUUGUUUUAAAGAAAGGUUGAAACACUAGAGUAACAUUAUAUAGCAUAGACAAGAGAAAAGAUGAAAAUCAGAAGAGAAAUGGGGGUGGGGGACAAACUCUUAGCUUUUCCUAAAAUCAAGAAUGAGACAAGGAUGCCUAUUCUCUCUUCCUUACACCAUGUAAUGCUCGGAGGCUUAGCCACAGAAGUUGGACAAAAGAAUGACGUAAGACUGUAGAACUCUAGGAGGAAACUCUUACAUCUGUAAGCACAGGACACAGACCCAGCAGCACAGCGGUCUUCAUAUUUACCAACAUUGACCACCAGAGAAAGAGUGGGGGAAAGCCCAUUCAUGGUAGUCCCCAAACAUAAGUUCCUAGGAAUAAACUUAACCAAGGAUAUGAAAGAUCUCUAUAAGGAAAAUUUUAAGAUGCAGAAGGGUGGGGGACAGUAAAGCCAUGCCAGGAAGCUUGGUGGGUAGAGCGGGUUGAGACCUGGAGACUUGGUGGGUACACACCUGAAACUUGGGAGACUCUCCGCUCCCUGCCAGACUCCUGGCCUAGAACACAUGCCACACUUCCCACAUAAGGAAAUGUGACCUGUAAUCACAUUGGCCCAGAACAGAAUUCUCUGUGCUAAUGAGGUACCCAGAGGCCCUGAAGGCUUGGUCAAUAAGCUUCCCUUCCCAGACAUUCCUCCCUGCAAAAGGAAUUUAAUCCAGGGUCAGACCCUGAGAAGGCCAUAUACACCUGUCUCCCGCCGCCAUGAACAACCAGUAAACAGUUUAGAACCAUGGACUGUCUCUUUCUUCAAGAUCCACUGUGGAGAGCCGUGAAGAAAGCAUUUGCCAACAGAGCAGCAGCUCUUCUCCCAUAGAAGGGCCCUCUGAGCUCCCCCUUACAACCUUCACCAAGCUAAGGACAAUCCCUCCCCCCCCCCCCCCCGCCCAGGGCCAAGACAGAGCUCCACCCCCAGACUGGACCAGACACUGUUCUGGCCUGCAAGUCCCCUGAUUCCAUUCUCAGCUCUUCAGAGACUCCUAGGGAUGUCUGGAUGUCCAAGAGUCAGAACUCCACAGCCGCGUUCCCCACGCGCCCCGCCCUCCAGAGUGUGCCUUCCCACCCUUGGAGCGGUGUCUCUGUGCCUCAGUGUCUCAGUGCUUUCCCAAAACCCAGCCCCUGCCCGGUGCUGUACCCUGAGGUGGGUGGAACUUGGACGCACAGAAAGGAAUUCAAAGAGGAUGCUAGAGAGUGAAGAGAGCGUCCAUGCUCCUAUAUUGGCUGAAUUAAUUUUUUGGAGAUUGCUCUGCUACCAGAAUUAAUCUACAUAUUUAAUGCAGUGCCGAGGAAAAUUCCAGUGAUACUCUAUAGAUUUAGAAAAAAAUCCAAUAAUUCCAGUGGAAUCACAAAAGACCACGCAUGAGUAGCCAAAGCAAUGCUAAGCGGUAACAACGUAGCUGGAGGAAUCUAAAGUCAUGUGACACCAGAAUUAAAGCCAGAAGAUAAAAGGACUUAAAUAGACCCAUUGCAGGUUGAAACUAUUAACAAGCUUCCCAACGGGGAAAAAGAAAAAGUAAGUAAGUCUAGGUCCAGAGUAACUGCUGAGUCCUGAUCAAACUUUCAAGUCUUCUUAUUCCAUAAAAUAGAAGGUGAAGAAGCACCAGAAAAUGUCAUUUAACAAAGCCACUGUUACCCUGAUACCAAAACUAGGUAAAGAAAGAGCAGUAAAUCUAUCCACCAAUUUCUCUGAAGAACGUGGAUGCGGAAUUUCUUGACAAAAUAUUUGCAGACCCAGUUGAGGAAUACAUUAACAAGAGCAGACAGCAUGACUAGCGAGUCUUCAUCCUGGAGAUGCAGGGUGGUUCACAGUGCAGAAAUCCAGAAAUGCAGUACACCAUAGAAACAAACCCCAGGCCAGGAAUGCACAAUCAUCUCAGCCGAUGCCUUUUGCCUCAGCUAGUGGUUACCUUAGCCUUGUAGACUAUAGCCAAUCCGUGAUGCCAGUGUGGUACAGAAACAGCCUGAGAGAGGGGAAAAAGGGGGAGUGUUCUAAUAAAUGGUUUACAUGCUAAAGUAGAAUUUUACAAAUUUUAGUGUCAUAAAAUGUCAUUAUGAUUUCACAACCAUUUAAAAAUACUAGAACUAUUCUUAGUGUUAAGACACACACAAAUAAGGCUUGCUUGCUGGUGCCUGUUUACAUGCAUGCACUAAUAAUCAUCAAGUGUACAUACUGUGUUCAGACCUGCCUGCAAACGUAUGUCUGUGUACCACAUACAUGCCUGGUGCUCACAGUGGUCAGAAGAAAGCUUUGGAUCCCCUAGAACUGUAGUUACAAAUGGUGCAAGAUACCAUGUGGUAUCUUUUUUUCAUAAUCUGUGCUCAUUACUCAAAAUAUUGGAAAUUGUCACAAUUACUUUCUAUAUCAGUCAGGUUUAUAAGCGUAGGAAGUUGUUCUUAAGAUAACAAACCUUAGUUUGAAGUGAUGCUGUCUGGAAGGUUUCAGUGUGUCUCUUUGACUCUGUGUCCAGGUAGGCAAACUCCGCCCAGACUGGAGACACAGCCAGCCCACUGUCUAUAUUUAUUGGUAAAUAAAGCAACAUGGAGGUUCUCUGCUGUAUAAUUCUUACCAAUCGAAGCGAAUUGGUUUAAAAAGCGCUAAUGUUAAAGCUGCGGCUCACCUCUACUGACAGGCAGUUCCUUACCGCAUUGCUCUGUCAGGCUGAUCUAAACAGGCACUGCAGUAAGCUGAGCGAGAGAAGACCGACGGGGACCACAGUUUAUGUAUUACCUCUCUUCGUGUUUUUGAAAUUUGAAAACAGAACAGAUUGAUAAUACUUAAAGAUGAUUGUGUAACUAAAUACAGAUUAAAGCAUAAAAGGCUGGAAAACACCGUUUUCAUAAAGCUUUAUGUGGAAAUGUCAUCUCUGAAAUAGUAACGCCACAGCUGGAGCAGCCUUCCUCCAGUCGCUCACCGGAUACUCCGUGUUUUAUUUUCAAGUCUCAUUUCAGAUUUUAUAAUUCAAUCAUUUUGAACAGCUAUGUUCAAAAGAAGUUUUACAACUUUAAUCUUAAUAAUCUCAAGAAAAAGCAGACAUGCUAUGUCAUAAAAUAACUAUUAGUAACUAGUUUGUACCCUAUAAAUCUAAGCUGAGUUGAUAAUAUGGUCCAUUACCUGCUAACUGCACAGAGUAUUUUUUCAUUUUACACUCUUCAGUUACUUUUUAGUGAAGUGUUAAAAAAUAUGAAGCUUUUCUCGUCUCUAGACCCGCACGCUGUCUGUCUGUUAUUAGGGGAUAACAGCUCUUAUAAAUGUUUCAGUAAGCGCUAAGUAGACAGUUAUGUGCUCUCACUCCACGCUUAUUUGCUUACUGUAAUAAACUGAUAAAAUAUGUGUGCUUUGUCUCUGUGCGUCUACAGGCGUCAUGAGCCACAUAGAUUUCCUUUAGAAAUAAUGUUGUGGCUGCCGAAUUGAUUGCUUAUUCUCACAAACCAUCUAAAGGCACACGAACGACUUUCAUUAUUUACACUUUUAUUAUUUUAUGCUGGGGGAGAUUUGUGGGCAUCGUCUCACGGGACUGGAUGCUUUUGUUCUCCUCCGUCUGCGGAAGCUUUGCACUGUCAUGUCACUGCAGCCGGUGAGCUAGUUAUGUCCUCGGGAAUCCCAGUGAGGGUGGCCAUGUCAUCUGCUUAGAAUACAGCGAACAUUGACCUUUUAGAACAUUCGUCAUUACAAAAUCAAGACCAGCAUUUUCAGGGCUGGAGAGAUGGCUUAGCGGUUAAGAGCACUAGGUGCUUCUCCAAAGGGCCCCAGUUCAGGGCACAAUGCCCACCCCCAACAUGGUGGCUCCCAACCGUCAGCAACUCCAGUUCCAGGGCUCUUAAACAGGUAUGUCGGCAAAAUACCAGUGCACAUAAAAUAAAAAUAAAUACAUCAUUAAAAAAACUAGUGUUUGCCAGCACUGUUUUUUAAUCCUGUCUUGGGUAGUACAGGUUUAUUAAAAUCAUUUCUUACCUGAAUCUAUAUGUUUCUAAUGUUUUUUUCAUAGAACUUCUCGUCAAUAAAUUGUUCUUUGUGUACACGUUUAGAAGUAGUUUUUUUCUUUUGUUCAUAAUGUUAUUUUAUAUAUAUAUGCAUAUAUAAUAGAAAUAUAUUUAACGGAAAUCUUAAAUCAUUUCCCAAAACUAACAAAUGUUGAUACUGACCCCACUGCUCCCCCCCACUGCUCCCCCCACUGCUCCCGUAGGCUGUGAUAUUUUUAAGAAAUUUCUGUAUUUGAAGACUUAACAUCAAAUUGUGUAUAGUUAUAACCAAUGCUAGACGCAGAUUACUAGAAACGCUGUAAUAUUUUAAAUGGUUAAAUUAUGCUUUGAGUUAUGAAAAUGGGUAAAAUUAUGUUUUAAAAUAAAGAACGAGGGGUUGGGGAUUUAGCUCAGUGGUAGAUCGCUUGCCUAGCAAGUGCAAGGCCCUGGGUUUGGUCCCCAGCUCCGAAAAAAAGAAAAAAAGAAAAAAAAAAAAAAGAAAAAAUAAAGAACGAGUGGGAAACCAGCUAAUAAACGUAAUAAUUAAAUAUUUUGCUAUGACGUGUUGGGCAUGUGGUACACACCUUUAGUACCAGUACUCUAUAAGCAGAAGCAGGCAGAUGGAUCUCUGUGCCAGCCUGGUCUACAAAGCAAGUUCCAGGCCAUCCAUGGCUACAUAGAGACCUGGGUUAAAAUGAAGGAAGUGAGGGGGGUGGGGAGAGGGAGCACAGAAUUAAGGGACAGUGGGAAAGGACAAGGGAAAUAGGGAGGAGACAAAUCCUGCUAAGCCUCUUUAGGAAGGUGACUUUAAAGCAGAGGCACCUGAGAGCCAGCCCAGGUGAUCUGUGAGGACAUGACCUUCCAGGUAAAGGGGUGACAAAUGCCAUGGGCACAUGGCGGAAGUAUGGCUGUUGGGGUGAAGGAGUGAGCAGUGGGGUCAGGAGUUAGAGGGGUGAAGUCAUCAGGAACACACAGCUUUGGUCUUUUUCUGGGCCUCUGUAAGGAGUUUAGCUUUUACUCUUCAAGGAACUGGAGGGUUGGAGCAGGGGAGAGACAUGGUGCUACCUCACCCUAGUGGAGUGGUUCUGCCUGCUGUGUUUCAGCAGACUGAACCCAGGUACCUGCUUGGUGGGACUUAGGAUCAGAAACCCAAGACUAGUUAACCAGCUGAGGGAUGGUAGGCUCAGAAGGCCGUGGUACUGUGGAAGCAGAGGGCACUGCCACAGCCGUGCUCCAUUCACUCAAGUGGCUAUGUUCUCUCCUGUCCCCAGGAUGUCAGGCCUGCCUGUGCUGAGCCUGUGCUGCUACCUCUGUUGUGGCAUUUAUCACACUGAUUAGUUUACUCAGUUCUCUGAACACUUUGUGUUAGAGUACUUAGUAUCCUGGUUAGCAAAGUGUGUUAGUGAAUGUGAGACAGAGAAAGUGAAUGAUUAGUCAUUACUGCUUUGUGCUUGAAGUAAUGCUGUCCUUAGAAAGCCCUAAGGUCACUCAUCCAUGCAUGGAACUCAAAGGAAAAUGGCUGCUAAAACUAUAUUCCCAAGAACCCCGCUCUUAAAGAUGUCCACCCCUUCCCAGAGUGCCAAGCCGACUGACGAUGCUGACUGCGGCAGCGUGCGGCACUGCUCCUCUCCAGCCUCCUAGUCACCCUCCCUUCUGUGUUACAGUCUCAGCUUUUGCUCCCAUACUGUGUGCAGCUCAGCCUUUAUGAGCUUCCACACGAGCGAAACUGCCUUGUCACCGUCUCCUGAGUGACUAUGAUGAGCACAUGUCAGACAGCGUAGGUCAGAAGUGACACGCUCAGUCUCUGAGAGAAUCAACAGGUAAUGCUAGAAAAUACCACUUGUCAGCUGCAGGCUCGUGCUCAGGUUGGUUGCUGUAACUCUGGUGCCCCUUGUGCACCUAAGCCCGUCCUGUUAAGGUCACCCUUCUGUCGUGGAGUGUGUUCACACUGAGCAUGGGCGUUCGGGUCUGUGCUAAACAGUACCUGAGAGCUCAGAGCAGGGUUUAACGUCCUUCAAAUAAAAUAGUCUUUAAAAACCAGUAAAAUAGUCUUUAAAAACAGUUAGUGUUGAGAUCCGAUCUUGCUGGGUACCACAGGAAGAGCCCAGACUUGUGACUUCAUUAUCUGAGCUUCCAGAGUUGUGUCUGCCACUGCCCUGUGGAAAAGGAAGCACGUAGACUUGAACACUGUGCUCACCAGUUUUUGAGGUCCUGUGUUUGAUCCUUAGCCCUGCAGGAAACCAAAGUAAAACUAAGACAGACCACUCGCUGCUGUCAUCAGAAAGGUCACAUGGAGCACCAGCUUAAUGAGAAGAAAAUGCUGAACAAAAUUUGGGACUUAAGUAGCUGGGUUUUUUUUUUUUAAAUAUAUGUUGCAAAUUGGUUGGCAGAUUUUUACAAAGGUUACUUUAAAUUCUGAUCCUCGUUUACCUUUUAUAGAAUACUGUUUUAUGGUAAAUAGUAGGCAGUUUAUCAUUUCAUAUUUAUGAUGUUUUGUUGAAUUUAAAAUUAUUAAAAGUUAUUUAUUGUUAAUUAUUUGUAGCAGGCCUGAUGUGCUACAAUACUUACAUUUUGAAAGGAAAGAUGCCUAUCCCAUGGUUUUAUAAUAGACAGCUUUUCUCUUUUUCUCUCCCUCUUUCUUUAAUUUGCUGUGUGUGAUUCCAGUUAGUACAGUUAAGGAAAGAACUUUUCUAAAAUCCAGCAUUCAAUGGAAGUAUAAGGAGAUGUUUCCUAAUAAAGCCCUGAAGGAAUUUUAGUGAUGACCAUCUGCUCCCAAAGUAGGUGUAUUAGCUGGUACUGUGACAAACUGCCGGACAGAAAGACUUUCAAGAAGACAGAUCUCUUUGGCUCUUGUAGUGAGAGCAUAAGUCUGUCGUGGUGGAAACCAUGGCAGCAAGGUUGGGUAGGAUCUGCUUCUGGGUCUAUGGUCAGGCAGUAGACAGAAAUGCUUGCCUGGGCUCCUCCAGUCAGAUAGGUGUCCUUCCUCAGUUGGCCCAGGUGUCUCCCAGGUGGCUAAUCCCCUCCAGUUGACGGUGAACAGUUGUCAUCAUGGUAGGGAAGGUUGUUUUAAUCAGUAAACCAAAGGAGGAAGCCAGCUUAAGCUAGAGUUCACAGUGCUUCCACUCAAGGGAAAAGUGCUCAUGGCUGACCACAGACGGUGAAUGCCAAAAUCCCAGGACUUGGGGUUGGGGCAGAAGGCUUACAGGUUCUGGGCAAACCUGUGCUACCCAGUGAGAAGCUGUGAGGGUGAGUGUUCAGGAUUGAAGGGGAAGGCACGUGAUGUCUGUUACUGGUAGGGAUGUCAUGUACUGACACAGCCAAGAAAAGUAACUGGAAAAUUCCAAAUGGAGUUAUAAAGUCACCAAGAGGGUCACAGAUGGACGGUUUAGGUUAAAGAGUAAAAACAAAACUCAUAUACUCCUUGUAAGAGGAAAGUGCUUACAUAUUCAGGGCAUGAGGCCGACCGCCAUGGCAUGGAGCUCUCAACAGCAAGACCAGACGAUCCCAGAUCUGAGCUAACCUGCACUGUGUACUGAGACCCUGUCUCCUUGCUCCCAAAAACGUUACGUAUUAUAUGACUGGUUAUUCUUGUUUUCUGUUACUAAAAUAUUUUAAUGUACACCUGCAGAAAUAGAGUGAAGUGAUGAGGAGGCAUGGUUUGACUUUCCUGAGACAAGGCUUCUCUGUGUAGCCCUGGCUGUCCUGGAACUCACUCUGUAGACCAGGCGGGCCUCUGCCUCCCAAGUACUAGGAUUAAAGGUGUGUGUCACCACUGCCCAGCAA